CUUAUACCCGUAAGAACUUAUGUACAGCAGUGAACAAUUAACGGCUGAUAUAAAUGAUAAAAUGUCUUUAAUUAUACUACGAUUUUGAGUCUCCAUCCAAUGGCAACAUUAAUCGAUCCGUGGUACAUGUACGGCCAUACGAGUGAAUAUCACCUGUGGUACAUACCUCUACAUUUAUAUAACGAUAAAUCGUUGACACACGCCCACAUUGCAUGUGUGUACAAACAUUAUUAGUAAUGAGCGAUGAGCAUCAAUAACGAAGAACGAAUCAAGGCCGGACAUCGCCGUGGUAACAAGACAGUACACAGUUGGCUUAUGUGGGCCAAAGUUAGCCUUAUUAGUGAACUACCCUUCAAAGUAAUCGCCGGUCAAUGGAACGUCUUAAACUUUAGCCAAUGUUAAAAAAACUCGGAGAUAUGCCGGCCAUAUUCACGGCGAUAAUUCUAUUUUCGCUAGUUCGUUUAUCUAUUACUCAAACGACGCAAAAUAUAAACGUUUUGCUGAUCAACGAGGAAAAUAAUGCUUUAGCCGAAAAAGCGUUUGAAGUCGCUAAAGAGUAUGUGAGGCGGAAUCCCAGCUUGGGUCUGGCGGUAGACCCGGUCAUUGUGGUAGGAAACCGAACAGACGCCAAGAACUUUCUGGAAAAUGUUUGUAGGAAAUACAAUGACAUGGUAAUAAGUAAGAAGACGCCGCACGUUGUCCUAGAUUUCACUAUGACUGGGGUUGGUUCAGAAACUAUAAAGUCGUUUACUGCAGCAUUGGCCCUCCCAACUAUUUCGGGAUCAUUCGGUCAAGCGGGCGACUUACGACAGUGGCGUUCCCUCAAUCAGAACCAAACGAAGUUUCUGCUACAAAUAAUGCCUCCUGCUGACAUUCUGCCAGAGGCUAUAAGAGCAAUUGUCAUUAAACAGGACAUCACCAAUGCAGCUAUAAUAUUUGACGAACUAUUUGUUAUGGAUCACAAGUACAAAUCUCUAUUGCAAAACGUUCCUACACGUCAUGUAAUAACACCGGUAAAAAGUUUUAAUAAAGACGAUAUAAAAAAUCAAUUAAGAAGUUUACGGGAAUUAGACAUUGUUAACUUCUUCAUCGUGGGCAGUUUGAGGACAGUAAAAAACGUGUUGGACGCGGCGGAUGAAAAUCAGUAUUUCGGUAGAAAAACAGCUUGGUUCGCGUUGUCGUUGGACAAAGGUGACAUUAGCUGCGGAUGUAAAGAUGCCACUAUCGUUUAUAUGAGACCGACGCCUGACGCAAAAAGCAGAGAUCGUUUGGGAAAGAUCAAAACAACGUACAGCAUGAACGGUGAACCAGAAAUUACGUCGGCCUUCUAUUUCGACUUGUCCCUACGUACAUUUUUAGCUAUAAAAUCGCUCCUGGAUUCUGGCAAGUGGCCAAAUGACAUGAAAUAUAUCACGUGUGACGAUUACGACGGUAAGAAUACUCCUAACAGGACCUUGGACCUCAGAACCGCUUUCCAAGAGGUAAAAGAAACACCUACAUAUGCACCUUUCUAUAUCCCUGAAGACGAUCCAAUGAAUGGCAGAAGUUACAUGGAAUUCAAUACUGAUCUCUCAGCAGUUUCAGUGAAAGAUGGUGCCUCUAUAGGCAGUCGGUCACUCGGAUCAUGGAAAGCAGGUCUCGCAAACCCUUUGUCCUUGACUGACCCUGAUAAUAUGAGCGAUUAUUCUGCUCAACUUGUGUACAGAGUCGUGACAGUGGAGCAACAACCAUUCAUUAUUAGAGACGAUGAUGCCCCAAAAGGCUUCAAAGGCUAUUGCAUCGACUUAAUCGAGGAGAUACGACAAAUUGUAAAAUUUGAUUACGAAAUAGUUUUGUCUCCUGAUGGUAAUUUUGGCACGAUGGAUGAGAAUGGCAAAUGGAAUGGUAUUAUAAAGGAGCUUAUAGAAAAGAGGGCGGAUAUAGGACUGACAUCUUUGUCUGUGAUGGCGGAGAGGGAAAACGUGGUGGACUUCACUGUGCCAUAUUACGAUUUAGUCGGUAUCACAAUUAUGAUGAAGUUGCCAAGAACGCCAACAUCUCUAUUCAAAUUCCUGACGGUCUUGGAAAAUGACGUUUGGCUGUCUAUAUUGGCAGCAUACUUCUUCACAAGUUUUCUAAUGUGGGUAUUCGAUAAAUGGAGCCCGUAUAGUUAUCAGAACAAUCGGGAGAAGUAUAAAGAUGACGAGGAGAAACGUGAAUUUACUCUGAAAGAGUGCUUGUGGUUCUGUAUGACUUCGCUGACACCUCAAGGAGGAGGGGAGGCGCCAAAGAAUCUCUCUGGGAGGCUCCUAGCAGCUACAUGGUGGCUUUUUGGUUUCAUCAUAAUAGCAUCGUAUACAGCGAACUUGGCCGCGUUCCUGACUGUAUCCCGACUCGACACCCCUAUAGAAUCACUCGACGACUUGUCCAAACAGUACAAAAUACAGUAUGCGCCUUUGAACGGCUCAUCCGCGAUGACCUACUUCGAGAGGAUGGCUCAUAUUGAAGUCAGGUUCUAUGAGAUCUGGAAAGAGAUGAGUCUAAACGACAGUCUCAGUGACGUGGAACGAGCAAAACUAGCUGUAUGGGACUAUCCUGUUAGCGAUAAAUACAGCAAGAUGUGGCAGGCUAUGAAAGAAGCAGGGCUGCCGAAUUCUGUCGAAGAAGCAAUACAAAGAGUGAAGGACUCCAAGAGUUCUAGCGAGGGCUUCGCUUGGCUUGGUGAUGCAACUGAUGUUAGAUACCAUGUCUUAACUAGCUGCGACCUUCAGAUGGUUGGCGAUGAGUUCUCGAGGAAGCCGUAUGCAAUUGCUGUCCAACAAGGCUCUCCGUUGAAGGAUCAGUUCAAUAAUGCCAUACUUCAACUCCUCAACAAACGGAAACUGGAAAAAUUAAAAGAGAAUUGGUGGACUAACAAUCCUAAUGCUAUGAAAUGUGAAAAACAAGAUGAUCAGUCGGAUGGGAUCUCAAUACAGAACAUAGGUGGCGUGUUCAUAGUUAUUUUCAUGGGUAUCGGUCUGGCUUGCAUCACUCUCGGCGUCGAGUAUUGGUGGUACAAAUGGAGAAAACGGUCCACUAUCGGUGACGUCACACAGGUGGAGCCAGCGAAAAUAACAAGAAACAAUGAGAACUUUGGCAUCUCGAAAGGAGGCGAGGGAUUCACAUUCCGUUCUAGAAAUUUCGGUUUGUCUAAUUUGAGAUCUAAGUUUUAAUUGUUCUAUCAGCGAUGAUUACAAUUAAAUUGUUGAUCAUUUAAUUCUCGAUUAUUGUGACAAAGGUAUUUUUUACGUGAAUUAGAUAUUAUUAGAAAUAAGUAUCAAUGAUUGAAGAUCGUAUUGUUCUGCUCCUUACUUAGGGAAAUAUGCAAGUGUGAUCGCAAUAAACACAUGGCACCAAUAUAGAGUUUAAUUGUAAUGA